AUGACAUUAUCUAUCUAUCUAUCUAUCUAUCUAUCUAUCUAUCUAUCUAUCUUAGUUACGAUUAUGAGUUCGUAUCUAUCUAUCUAUCUAUCUAUCUAUCUAUCUAUCUAUCUAUCUUUACGAGUUCGUAUCUAUCUAUCUAUCUAUCUAUCUAUCUAUCUAUAUAUCUAUCUAUCUAUCUAUCGUAUUUACGAGUUCAUAUCUAUCUAUCUAUCUAUCUAUCUAUCUUAUUUACGAGUUCAUAUCUAUCUAUCUAUCUAUCUAUCUAUCUAUCUAUCUUAUUUACGAGUUCAUAUCUAUCUAUCUAUCUAUCUAUCUAUCUAUCUAUCUAUCGUAGUAACGAAUGCCCAUCUCUCUAGUUACGAGUUUCUAUCUAUCUAUCUAUCUAUCUAUCGAAUCUAUCAUCUAUCUAUUCGAGUUUCUAUCUAUCUAUCUAACCUUAUUAUUCUUCCUUUCACCACAUAUUUCCGAUAUCCCGACAUUUCCUUUUUUUUCUUUUCGGAAUCUCAGGAUUUGGGGGUUGUAGCCUAA